CGUCAAUCAAUGUCAUGUCAUUGUGGCGAAUUUGGUGAUGGAGGGAACUUGUGUGUGUUAAAAGAUUUCAGUUCUUUUCCAAAAAGAAGAAUUACAUGGUGUUUGAAAAUAUUAGCCGUAAAAAUAUGUGUUAAAUGAAAUCGCAAAUUAUUUAAUAACGAGUUUUUUGUAUUAGUGUAGGUACUUGAAAACCGGUAUUGUAAUGCAAUUAUCUAUUAGUCGGUCGCUCGCAGAAUGAUUUUUUUUUAUUUGUGUCUCCAGUGAAAUUGUUGAUGUUAUGAUCGAUAGUUGAUUUGAAAGUGACAACAUGGGCCAAAGUCCGAGCUCCGUACGGAGUAAGGGUUGCCGACAGAAAUCAUUUCGGGGCUUUUCGAGGAAAAGUAAAUUGAACAAGUCCAAUUUGAGUCAUACCUUCAGUUGGCCUCCAUCAGAGGAAUAUCUAGAGCUGAUGAACGUGAAUACGGCCACGGAGGAGCAGCUGAUGACGCUGCCGGGCGUUUCUCGGCAGUUAGCCCAGGAGAUUGUACGACAUCGCCAGAUGAUUGGCAGGUUCAAAAGAGUGGAUGAUCUUGCUUUAGUAUCAGGUAUAGGAGCAGAAAAACUAGAACUGUUGAGGCCAGAAAUAUGCACAAAUACUAGAAAGCAGUUAUCCAGAGCUAGCUCCUGCACACAGUCUUUGGAUAGCAUCAGAAUCAAUUCCGAGAGUAGACUUUGCUCUGUGAAUUCUUCUAGUGUUUUCCAAUUGCAAUGUGUACCUGGUCUUAAUCAGGAGAUAGCUGCUAAUAUAGUUGAUUAUCGCAAUAAGAAAGGUCCCUUUAAGUCAUUGGAUGACUUGAUAAAAGUCCGGGGAAUGGAUAUUGUAAGACUUAGCACAAUAAAACAACAUUUGAGUUUGGAACCAAGAAAAUGUGAGAGUGUACAACAUUUGAAUGGGUAUAACAGUGGAUGGGCGCAUUCAUCAAUGAAUGGAACAUUAUCAAAUGGUGUUACAAACACACCUAAGACUCCACACAGAAAGAGUUUGUCUAUGCCCUCAAAAUUAUUGGUGACCUUACCUAAUGGAUUCGCUGCAGCCCCAGUCAAUGAUAUCCUAGAUUUACUGUCGGCUUAUUCCCAUAGACCAAUCGUUGAAGAUGUGUUUGCAUAUGAGAGGAAUGGGAUGAGAUGUUGUCGUAUAGCAUCAUGGAACCUACACCAACUUAGCAUAGACAAAAUAACGAAUCCUGGAGUUAGAGAAGUCGUUUGCAGGACAAUUUUGGAAAAUAAAUUAUCGAUAAUAGCCGUUCAAGAUGUACUAGAAGGGGCAGCCCUAAAGAUGAUCUGUGAAGAAUUGAAUUCGCCAGUAUUGCGCAGGAUUCGCGAGUGGCGGAGCAAUAGCUGUCAAUGGGAAUACUGUAUAUCUGAACGUAUAAACAACCAACACCUCGGUUUCAUCUACGACGCUGGCAACAAGAGCAUCAGCGUAGAAGACGUGGACCUGGAACAGUUGCCGCUGGUGACCGAAGCCGUCGGUGUGAGAAUACUCGUCCGCCAACUGGAGGCGUUACGAGAUGAACGGAGAAUAGCCGACGCGAGAGCAUUUCUGAUAUGCGGUCGGCCUGUGGUGAUUGUAAAUAUCAAGUGUAGUGGUCCGCUGAGCCGUGACGACUGCAGGCUGAUAAAGCACGCCUCUGAACUGGCGGCUACUGCGCGUAUACCACUCGCCUUAGUGGGCGAAUUGUUGGACCAAGACAACGUGCAAUCUUUAGAAAUUUACGAAUCACUGUUGAGCGAAGAAGUAUCGACCACAAUCGACCAGACUCACAAAGGUUUGACGUGCAUUUUAUGCCCCCGGCCCAUAGACAAAAGCAAUUUCAAUGGUCACGCGGGCGCCAUCAGGUCCGGACUCAGUCACCUCGCGAUACCACGCGGCUGGUCCUGGGGCGGCCCUGCCUCCCCAUACUGUCCUGUCUGGGCUGAAUUCAACAUCCCCGAUUGACGAAAACAAUACUCUUUCGGAAAUAUUACGUUUGUCUAUGGUCCUUUGAUUUUUUCGCUGGCAAUUCAUAGCUGUUUGGGCGUAAGUGUUGCCGCAUUCUGAAUAUAAGGGAUUUGCCAUAUAUAAAAUAAUUAAUAUUUAUUUACAGAAUUAUUAAUGGAGAUUUAGUAUGGCAAUGGACAAAAUAAAGCCAAAGUAUUAAAACUCAUAUCUUUCUAUUAAUAACUUAACUUUGAGUUCUAUUUAAAAUCAUUAUUAAAGUGGAAGACUUUUUUUGUAUAUUAUUAUUUAUUUCAUAUUUGUACAUAUAUAUUUUUUUAUUAUUAAAGGCAAGAUAUGAAAGGGAAUAUACAAAAUGUGAUAAGAAAUAGUCGUAACGUGAAAUUUUUUCAUGUUAAAAACAACUUAAAAUAUAUGUCGGUACUAUCUUAAUAUUGUUAGAAAUAUAUAAAUAAUUCUUCUUCCAUAGAACUUGUACUUGUUAUAAGUAUACAAUUAACCCGUUCCCUAUUAUAAGUUGCAAUGGAAUACAAUACAUUGAAAUUUCAAUCUUUUUGCUAAGAGUAUUGAUUCCAAUAUUCG